UCAGUGGUGGUGAGCGGGGGGUGCUCUGUUCCUCAGUUAAACUCUUGUCCUGUAGGUGUAGCCCGUCUGGUUAGGAGCUCUUCUUCUCCUCAGCACGGAGCUCUACAGGCCAGAGAGCACACCCCGGGGAACAGCGAACACAAGUUACGGCGGACUGAAGGAAACUUCGGCGGAAACAUGAGAGGCUUCGCGUGAAUCCGCGCACGAGACACCGCAGCGCCGACAUGUUCACGCGCGGGGCGAAGAAGCGAAGCUCCGGUCGCUCGACAGAGGCGGAGGAUCCGGACCAGGGACAGCCAUGUUUGCGCUGUGCAGAACAGUGUCCUGGCUUCCGCAUGCAUGGAUGGAGGAAGAUCUGUGUGCACUGUAAGUGUGUGCGGGAGGAGCAUGUGGUGCGCUCUGUGCCCGGACAGCUGGAGAGGAUGAUGUUGAAGCUGGUGUCUGACUUCCAGAGGCACUCCAUAUCUGACGAUGACUCGGGCUGCGCCUCGGAAGAAUACGCCUGGGUGCCGCCCGGGAUCAAGCCUGAACAGGUGUAUCAGUACUUCAGCUGUAUUCCAGAGGACAAGGUCCCAUAUGUCAACAGUCCAGGAGAGCGAUACCGUAUUAAACAGCUCUUACACCAGCUGCCGGCCCAUGACAGCGAGCCUCAGUACUGUAACACUCUGGAUGAAGAAGAGAAGAAAGAAUUGAGGUUAUUCAGCCAGCAGAGGAAGAGAGAGAAUCUGGGCCGUGGCAUCGUACGACUCUUUCCGGUCACCAUGACCGGAGCCAUCUGUCAACAGUGUGGCAGGCAUAUCUGCGGCGGUGACAUAGCAGUGUUUGCGUCGCGAGCGGGUCACGGCUCCUGCUGGCAUCCUCAGUGCUUCCAGUGCGCUUCCUGUAGCGAGCUGCUGGUGGAUCUCAUUUACUUCUAUCAGGACGGACACAUCUACUGCGGCCGGCACCACGCCGAGCGCCUCAAACCCCGCUGCCAGGCCUGCGACGAGAUCAUCUUUGCGGACGAGUGUACGGAGGCUGAGAGCAGGCACUGGCACAUGAAGCACUUCUGCUGUUUCGAGUGUGAGACGGCGCUGGGCGGCCAGCGCUACAUCAUGAGAGAGAGCCGGCCGUACUGCUGCCACUGCUACGAGUCUCUGUACGCCGAAUACUGCGACACCUGCGGAGAACACAUCGGUAUAGAGCAGGGUCAGAUGACGUACGAGGGCCAGCGCUGGCAUGCGUCUGAAGCGUGUUUCUGCUGCGCCUGCUGUCGGCUCCCUCUGCUGGGCCGACCCUUCCUGCCUCGCCGCGGACUCAUCUUCUGCUCCCGCUCCUGCUCGCUCGGGGACGACCCAGACAACUCCGACUCCUGCGAUUCUGCCCUCCAGAGCAAACCGGUGUCACAUAAGACCAUUCAAACCCUGCAGCAGAGUUCCAGACCUCGGCCACAGGAGGGAACCAGCGUCACUGCCGCCAUCUCUACACUGAACACAUGCAAACAUACAGUCAAAGCAGCUAGUACGACAACAGCCAAUGGGAGUCAUUCUCCACUAGAGAGUAAAGCAGGUGUUCACACCUCGUUCCAUCCUGUACUGAAUGGCGAGCCUCCACCGUAUGAACACUCACAUCUGUCCUCUCAGCUCCGUCCAGCAGCCAAUGACAGGCCGGCAUUAGUUUGCACGGACCAAUCAGGCAUCAGCACGCAGCAGGUGAAUCACACGCCAGACCGUCUGGAGUUUACAGCGGAGCUGAACGGAUACGCAGAAUUUGGCCCUUUCCCGCCAAGCUUCACGUCUAGAGGGACGUCCACUGCAAAGGAUUGUGGGAACAUCAUCGAGAGCAGUUGUUCAGGAAUUUCCUCUCAACUGGAGUCUUCAGAUGCAUUUGAUGAUCUGAAUGACUCCGACUCCUUCCCGCCUCCUCCGCCCCCCGUUUUCUUCGAUCCGUCUGACUCCCCGGCCGCUGUCACCGAAGCCCAAGACGUGCCUGGGACACCGGUCCGCAGCAGCACCGCCAGGGUCAGCUUCAGAGAGCCAAUCAGCUGCAGCUAUUCAGUGGAAGAGGAAGAGUGGGAGGAAGAGGAAGAGGAAGAGGAAGUGGUGGAGACGGAGAGAAGAGGGGAUGAGGAUGAGGAGGAAGAUGAAGGAAGUUUGGGACACAGAUUGCACUUCUGCACUGAAGGACCAUCUCAAAUGGACCUGCUGGAUGGGUCGAAGCGCCGCGGUUUCCAUCGGGGAAGCGGUGGCCACCAUCCCAGCGAGAAGCGGCUCAGAGGCUCCCGAGGUCCACGGAGCGACAGACCUCGUCUGGAAACCCUGGAAUGCAGAGUAGGGGACCGCAGGCGGUCCAACAGCGCCCUGGACGGCAGCCUUACCCUGCACUCCACCCGCUACCGCCACGAAGACUCCUGCUCCACCUGCUCCUCUUCCUCAGACUCAGAGGAGGAAGGCUUCUUUCUGGGCCAGCGCAUUCCCCUGCCACCGCAGCUGACGGGCGGAGAGAGAGCAGCAGAAGGACAGACAGAGGACGAGGACAAGAGCCGAAGAGGAAGCUUCAGGAGGAGGACGCAGAGUCUCAGUAGAAAAGACAAGGACAAGAACUGCAUACUGUCCUGAGACCAGGACGUGCGUGUUAAAAACUGGAAAUAAAAGAACUCGGUCACUCUCUGAACUAACAAGCUGCUCACUCAAGGUCAAAGUUUAUGAGUCACAUUUUGUGUAACAAAAACAGAAACGAUCUUACAGUCUGUGCAAAUGUGUGCCAGUAUUUUUAUAAAGAUGAUAAAAUAUUAUCCAGUAUCAGUUUCAGUGUCAUGGUGCUUAGUCACAUAAACUGGCGUUAUUAUUCGGGCCGAGGAACAUUUCGAAUCCAAUUUUUGUUUGUUGCAGGAAAAGUAGAUUUCUACAAUUUCUACAUGUAUGCGAGGUGAACGGGUUUUAUUUUACAGCGAAAGAACGGUUUCACACAACAUGAAUAUUUAGCGCAAAAAAUUCCCUCAAAUUUUGGCAAUGCAGUUUAUUUGAUCAGUAUGGAAGCUUGUUUCCACCACGUAAUAAAUGAAUAAAAGGUAAUUGCUACUUUUCCCCCAAAUCAGCAACUUUUGUCUCGUAAUUUUACAUCUCACAAUUCUGACUUUUUGCUGUAAAUAAACAUGUAAUUCUGAGAAAUAGUCAGACUUGUGCGAAAACUAAAUUUCAAGAAAUUUUCAUUCAGUGGCUAAAUUGGGCUAUUCAAAAAAAAAAAAAAAAAAAAGCAAUUUCAAUGUAAAAGUCCUUUCACACCAAAAACGAAAAGACUGAAGGAAAUUUAAAUAUUGCAGAUUUGCCUUUGAGAAAACGGUUUCUGUUUCUGUUACUAUUUCUGUGUUAGUGAGAUGAGUUGACAUUUAGUCUAGAUCUACAGUAACAUCAUGUUCAAACAGUGCACACAACACAUCUGAACUCACUCCUGAUUUCUCUCUACAUGAGGACAGGAGAGCUGUCGGACAAUCAAUGGGAAACAAAUUAGCUGCCAUUAUUUAUUUAAAAAAAUAACUCAUAUUUUCCUGUAAAUGUAAAAAAUCGGAUACUUUACUAGUUGCUUAUCUGAUUACGUAACUCACGCUACUUGUAAGAUGUUACAAGAUGAAAUGUUAAGUGUUAAAUCUAAAACUACUAAAACAGGUGAAUAGUUGUUGCUUGUCUGACUGGAUUUGAGAGGGCCGUGUUAUUUGCGCUUGCUGAAGGUUUAACUACGUGAAACUCAUUGAAACACAAUGUUGUGGAGUUAUUGUUUUAGAGCAUGUACUGGAGACACAAGUCAGCAUACUGUAUAGCAAAUGUCGUAAGGCUACUGCAAGCCAGAUCAUAACAGAAUGUGGGGAAAUAUAAUCGUCAUCUCCUCGUCAACUGUAAAUCUGUACAUACAGACAUUUCAAACCUCUCUGUGUAAAUGAGAGUUUAAAUCAAGACAUGAUUUUUACUGUGUUUUGCCAAUCAGAGAUCACAGUACUGUAUAUUAGAAUUGUAUUUUUAUAAACAACAUGGCGAUAGUUUUAUUUUCUUGUCUAAGAUGCUUUCUGGCCUAAUAUAAUUUUUAGAAACUUUAAAAGUGUAUCUUUUUAAAUGAGAAAAUAAAUACUUGAUCCUAAA